AGAAUAUAUAAUAUGUAUGUAAUAUAUAUUAUAUAAAAUUUGUAAUUAUAAGAAUGAAUAUUAUAAAUUUAUAUAUAUUUUUCAAUUACAAAUCUAGUCUUUACAUAAAUCAUGGUUAUAUUUUCGCGCGUAAAUUUAUUUAUUCUACUAAACUUUUCGAUCUUCAGCCAUUUGUCGAAACUGAAGUUUAAAAAUUUAACCAAACUUAAUUGAAAUUCUAAAAUUUAUUAUUUUUUAAAAAGUCUUUAUAUAUAAUUAAAUAUCAAUAUGUGGUCAACAAAUCUAAAUACCAGUAUAAAUUCUGAUGGUGGAUUUCUGAAUAAUACUCGAAAAGAUGGACAAGGUGGAAAUGUACAAAGAGUACAAACUCUUAUUCCAGUUACAAUAAAAUUGUUACAUUCUAUUUCUCCUAUCGAAGACCCAACAUUUUGGGGUAUUAAAGCACGUAUGUUUACGUUUGUUGGAUUAAUACGCAAUGUUGAAGAAACGGCAACAAAAAUAUCAUAUGAUAUUGAAGAUGAUACAGGAACUAUAACUGCACUCAAGUGGUUAGAAGCAAAUAAACAAGAAACAGAUCGUGUAGCAGAAGUAAAUACAUAUGUUCGUAUAGUUGGUAUGCUUAGAGAACAAAAUGAUAAACGUCAUAUUUUAAUUUUACGAUUAUUGCCAUUACAAAACUUAAAUGAAUUAACAAAUCAUAUUCUUGAAGUUAUUUAUGCAUCAUUGAAAGCUGAAGCAAAACUUAAUAAAAACAGAAAAUUAAAAAAGAAUACAACAAAUGAUGUAUCAAAUGAAGAUGAUCUUCAUUAUGGAAUGUCAUCACAACAAAGUUUAGUUUAUAAAAUUAUUUAUGCACAAAAUGAUACUGAAUGUGGUAUUGAAAGAUCAGAGAUUAAGAAGAAAGUUCCAAAAUCAAUUUUAUCAGAUGUAGAUAAUAUCAUAGAAUUUUUAGUUUCUGAAGGUCACAUAUAUACAACAAGUACAGAUGAUCAUUUUAAAACAACUUAAAUUAUAUAAAAUACUGUAAGAUGUAGUUCUAAUUAAACUAAAUUUCAUUAAAUUUAAGAAUUAAGAUUAUUUGCAUUUAUUUAGAGCUCAUUUUAUUUUUGUAAUAUUUUAUAAUUUUAUUAUAAAUUCAUAAUAAAAAAAUGAAAAUUAUCUGAUCUAUUGAUAGUAUUAUUAUUAUUUAUUAAAAAAUAUAUACGUAAAUUUGUAUUAUUUAAAAUCAUAUAAUAAACAUAUAUUGAAAAUUCGAUACAUAAAAA